CAAAACAACCUCACCCCCUUUUCUCAUUACCUUCCUGGCUUCCUUGCACCUUCUCCACUCCUCUCUUCAAUAUAUAUAUUCAACAACCAUCGCAUAUACCUCUUGCAAACACAAACAUGGAAGUAUUCGAUUUCAACCAUGCAAGGAUUUUGCCUUCUCUCAGCGCUCCUUCCUCGCCCAAGCGAUUUGGCCAAUUUUACUACCUAAGUGCCCCCUCAAGCCCGUCAAGGUUUCUAACGGAAUUCUCAGCCUCAGCUGAGGCUGAGGCUGAGGCUGAGGCUGAGGCUGAGGCUGAGGCUCACGAGGGGUUCGCGUUUUCUGUUAGCGAGGAAUCGGAUAACCCCUCUCGUUCCGCGGAAGAGCUUUUCCACGCUGGCAAGAUCAAGCCGCUGCUCCAAGAGGAGGAGGAGGAGGAGGACUCCGUUAGAAGCCCACUUUUGUUGGGGUCGGGGUCGGGGGCCCAGCCCAUGGCCCAAGGGAAGAAGAAAGAGGAAGAGAGAAGAGGGAGGGAUAGGGAUAGGGAUAGGGAUGGUUGUUUAUCAAACUCGGGUCGCAGAGGCGCACGCUCGCUCUCUCCUUACAGAGUUUCUGACCACACGUGGGAAGAAGAAGCCACUAAAGAGGAGCAGAAACCGCAUCCCAACACUUCCAAGACUUCCAGGAAAUGGAAACUCUCCGACUUUUUGUUGUUCCGCAGCGCCUCCGAAGGGAGAGGCUCCACCAAGGACCCCUUGAGGAAGUUCGUUUUCUACAAAAAGCCCGGAGACCCCAAAACCUCCAACCCAAGCCCAAGCCCAAAGACGAGGCGAAAGGAACCCCUCUCUGCACAUGAAUUGCACUACGCCAGGAAGAAAGCGGAAUCGGAGGAUCUGAAGAAAAAAACGUUUUUGCCAUACAAACAGGGGAUUUUGGGCAGGUUGGCCGGCUUCGGAACAAGAUGAAUAUGAUUGAUGACGCCAUUGUAAACACCACUGUCAAUCCAUCAACUCCUUUUUUCUUUGCCUCAACAAAUUCUAUUCUUUUCUUCAAUUUUUUAAUAUAUCUUUUUUUUUUUCUUAGCUGAAAUCAUGGCGUAAAUUUCUCAGAGUCAAAAUUUCAGUGACAUUCUGUGUAACGUGUUCUCUGACGAUUAUUAUGUAUUAUUGAAAUCACGUUGAGUCUCAGACAAUAACAUGUACUGCUACAGAUGAAGACAAAUCGAUAUGCGUAUGGAUGGGCCUAUUGACAUUACGUUCUACCCAAUUCAA